AUGUCAAACCCUUUCGAGCUCGCGCCAGACGCUACCGCGGGCGCCUCCAUCGACGUCGACGACGCGGUCAAACGCUUCUUCCCAGAAGGAUCAAGAAUCGAUUCUGCGGUUGGUCAUGGUGCCAGUCUGUGGACGCGAUCGGCACGCAUUGAUAUCGAAACGUCGGAUGGAACGCCAAAGUCUUACUUCAUCAAAGUCGCACCGGGUCCAAAUGGCCGCAGUAUGCUAGAAGGCGAGUACCAUUCGGCCAUGGACAUGCGAGCAGUCUUACCAGGCUUCUCGCCCAUACCUAUCGGCUGGGGCGUCUUCGAUUCUGACCAAGAUCUCGCGUUCUUCUUGCAAGCCUUCCAUGAUAUGGAUACCGAGAUACCCGACAUGGACCAGUUGACUAGAACACUCGCCGAAUUUCACAUCAAGAGCGAGGAACGAUUCGAGGAGCUUACACGAGAUCGACGACCCGACGGUAUGAAGUUUGGUUAUCACGAGGAGUAUUUUACGCAAAACAUGAAGCGGAUGCUCGAGCAUGAUGAGAAGGAGGGAGGGGAGCGUCCGCAGGAACUUGAAGAGUUGCUACAGCCGUUGUUCGACAAGGUUAUCCCUAGGCUUUUGCGCCCAAUGGAGAUGAAUGGGGGGGAAGUGAAGCCUUCGCUCAUUCACGGGGACCUGUGGUAUGGGAAUACUUCAACAGACCAUGAGAAUAAUGUGCCCAUUGUUUACGACGCAUGUUGCUUCUGGGGGCACAAUGAGUAUGAGAUCAGGACCAUGCGAGCAAAGACGCGAUACCGAUUCGGCAAAGCCCAACAGAGAGCCUAUCUCCAACACUACCCUGCUGCAUACCCAGUCCAAGAUUUCGAAGCGAGGAACGCACUAUACCAUCUGUAA